AUGGGAUUGGUGGGCGUGGAAGGUGUUGCGAUAGUCGACCAUCUCAAACGCAUAGUCUUAAACAGAUCGACACAACUGGUAUUGUGCCCCUGGUGCUCGCUUGACGGACACGAGCUGCAGCAGUAUCACAGACAGUUCACACCUACACGUAUGGGCAUAUGUUGUUCCUCGAACUCCAGGUCCAGAAAUACUCAGCAGAAUGCAAGUAAUAGAGAGUUAAAAGAAGAAGAUUUGAGAGGAAUUUUCAAAGAAUUUGACUUGAAUGGUGAUGGAUACAUACAAAAAGAUGAAUUGAAUGCGGUGAUGGUAAAAAUGGGCCAAUGUCCAACAGAUGAUGAAUUGAAUGCAAUGUUUGAUGCCGCGGACAAAGACAAGGAUGGCAAUAUUGAUUUUGAUGAAUUUCUAUCGAUAGCUUAUGCAAAUCCGCUUUCAUUAUCUUUGAAAGCUGUCUUCGAUGAAUUAGAUGUAGAUGGUGAUGGAUGUAUUACUAGAUCUGAGUUACGAACUGCGUUCCAACGAAUGGGACAUAAACUUACUGACAGUGAUAUCAAGGCUAUUUACAAUCAAGUGGAUGUUAACAGAGAUGGAAAAAUUAAUUUCGAUGAAUUUUGUCAAAUGAUGACCAGAAAAAAAGGAUAA